UCUCCAUCCUUCAUGAAGUGAAGUCUGCAGUCGGCUCGAUUAUCAGACUAGGCUAUUAACUAUUCAAUCAAUAUCUCAUUUAAGUUAAUAAUUUAAUCAUAAGUAUACCUUGCUAAUAGCUCAGUUCUGAAUAAUCAUGGGUGAGACGACUGGUUUAUCAGAUGCGGAGGCCAAGGAGUUGUGCCUCCAACCAGAACCAGAGACCAAAGAGUUCAUCAUGCAACAAACCAUGUACCGUAUUAAAGACCCAAGGAAAUCACUACCUUUCUACACUAAAGUUCUUGGUAUGAGACUAUUACAAAAACUGGAUUUCCCGGAGAUGAAGUUCUCUCUAUACUUCAUGGGCUACGAGGAUGCCAGCUCCAUUCCAUCUGAUGUUAAAGAACGAACGGCUUGGACUUUUUCCAGAAAAGCUACAAUUGAAUUGACCCACAAUUGGGGAACAGAAAGUGAUCCAGAUUGCAAGUACCACAGCGGAAACGAAGACCCGAAAGGAUUUGGUCACAUCGGCUUAUGUGUACCAGAUGUGAAAGCAGCUUGUGAGAGAUUUGAGAAACUAGGUGUGCCGUUCAAAAAGAAACUUACCGAUGGAAAAAUGAAAGCAGUUGCAUUUAUUUUGGAUCCAGACGGUUAUUGGAUUGAAAUCUUUGAUGCUAAAGGUGUAGCUGAAAUGAUUCAUGGAAACUAAGUUGUCAAAGUAGAGCUAAAAGGUUCAUGUAAGACACGAACAAUUGUCAACCCUGAGGGUUAGAACAUAGCCUGCACUGUGUAUUUUAAAUGUCGAAAUGAAUCUAUGUGCCUUAUUUUACAAGUCAAUGAAUGAAAGUGUUAAGCUAAGAAUUACGUUUGUAUUGGAAACUGUCAGAUUUGAGGUGAAACUAUUUCUUCUUAAUUUUUGUACUAUGUGAUACUGUAUAUGUUUAUUUGCUCAACAAUGAUAUAGGUCUACUACCUUUAACUAUAGAUGUACCCAAAAGUCAAUGUUACUACUUAAUUAUAAUAUACAUAUUUAUCUAUUCAAA